AUUUGGUUCUGGAGCUGCCAUGAUUGAAGUGGUGGCUGAGCUGAGUCGAGGUCCUGUAUUUCUGGCGGGGGAGGCUCUGGAAUGUUUAGUGACUGUCACUAAUCCCCUGCCCCCGACCGCCACUUCUGCAUCCAGUGAGGCUCUGGCCUGGGCCAGUGCCCAGAUCCACUGCCAGUUCCAUGCCAGUGAGAGUCGAGUGGCACUGCCACCCCCUGACUCUAGUCAGCCGGAUGUCCAGCCUGACAGCCAGACUGUCUUUCUUCCACACCGAGGAGAGAGGGGUCAGUGUAUCCUGUCUACUCCACCAAAAAUUCUGUUUUGUGACUUGAGACUAGACCCUGGAGAGUCCAAAUCAUACUCCUACAGUGAAGUGCUGCCCACAGAGGGACCACCUUCUUUUCGGGGUCAGUCAGUCAAGUAUGUCUACAAAUUGACCAUUGGCUGCCAGCGUGUCAAUUCACCAAUCACUUUACUCAGAGUCCCUUUGAGAGUUCUUGUGCUGACUGGUCUUCAGGAUGUCCACUUUCCCCAGGAUGAGGCUGUGGCUCCAUCAAGUCCAUUCUUAGAGGAGGAUGAAAGUGGGAAGAAGGAUUCAUGGAUUUAUACAAUAUCAGUGAUGGCCGAGGGAAAGUUGGGACAUUUGGUAUCUUCAAAUCUGUGUACCGACUCGGCGAGGACGUGGUGGGGACCUUAAACUCAGGGGAAGGAACCGUAGCUUGUUUGCAGUUUUCAGUAAGCUUGCAAACUGAAGAGCGUGUACAGCCAGAGUACCAGCGACGCCGUGGGACAGGAGUUGCCCCUUCAGUGUCCCAUGUGACUCAUGCCCGGCACCAGGAGUCCUGCCUCCAUACAGCCAGAACCAGCUUCUCUCUCCCCAUCCCUCUCUGUUCUACCCCUGGCUUCUGCACUGCCAUUGUGUCCUUGAAGUGGCGAUUGCAUUUUGAGUUUGUAACAUCCCGGGAACCAGGAUUGGUCCUUCUGCCCCCAUUGGAGCAGCCUGAACCUUCGACCUGGACAGGGCCUGAGCAGGUGCCUGUAGACACCUUCAGUUGGGACCUUCCCAUCAAAGUGCUUCCUACGAGCCCCACCCUGGUCUCAUAUGCUGCCCCAGUCCCCAGCAAAAAUAGUAUAACUAUCUGAAAUUGGCCCACAUGCCCACUGUGGCACUAAUUUCUUCAAGAUACUGAAAAUUCAACACCUGGACUCCAGUGGGGCCCACUUUUCCCACCUGGGGCCCUGCAGCACAGAUGAUGAGAACCAGGCUUCCAGCUGUGGUAUUGAUUUAUUUAUUCAGAGUAAAUUGGCAGCCGCUAGUGGUUUCCCUGGAAGUGGCAGCAGCAGUGAGCAGUCAGCAGAUGGGUGAUCCUUUAGCUGGAGUGGGGAGCAGGAGCCCCAGGAACAGGGGUGUUAGCUGA